AUGCUGAAUGAUGUGAAUUGUCCAAAGUUACUGGUAUUAACAGUAGCAGCUACCAGUGCAGAGGAGAAACAAAAAUGGCUGGAAGAACUAUCUCAGGCGAUAGCGGACAGCAAACAGAAUGAAGCCAAUGAUUCAAGCAAAAACAACUAUCUUAGUCUCAAGUCUUGCAGUGAUGGACAAGUGUGGCAGAGCAUAGAGGAGGCCAACAGCAAGGUGUCUCCACAGCGCAGCAACACCACGGUGCAUGUCUGCUGGCACCGCAACACCUCCAUCGGCAUCGAGGACCAGCUCAGAGCUGUAGAGAACCAACUUAGCGGCUAUCUUCUGCGAAAGUUCAAGAACAGUAACGGUUGGCAGAAGUUGUGGGUGGUCUUCACCAACUUCUGUCUCUUCUUCUACAAGACUUAUCAGGAUGAUUCUCCGUUGGCCAGUCUACCACUGCUGGGCUAUUCCAUAUACCCAAAUGAGAAAGAUGGAAUCCAUAAAGACUACGUGUUCAAGCUGCAAUUCAAGAACCAUGUCUACUUCUUCAGAGCGGAGAGCGAGUAUACUUUCAACAGGUGGAUGGAGGUGAUCAGCAGCGCGACUCAGCACUCGGGUCGAGUUCGCUUCUUCGGCAACAAUCGGCAGUUCGGCAGCGAGCUGGAGGAGGAGGAAGAGGAGGAGGAGGCCGAGAGUGAGGCGUGACAUUCGUCCUCCUCUCCCCCUCGCCACCGCCAUCUUGAGGAGGAGUCCGCCGCCAUCUUGAAUACUCCCACUCUUAGUCGCGGCAAGUCGUUGCGCCGAUUCGGAUCACCGGCUGUAUUGUAACCAACCUUAUUUGAGAUUAUUCAGAUAAAGCGGCUUAGCACUAUAGGAAGCUAUGCUGGUCAUGAAGGCCAGUGAAUUUUGGCAAUCUUGGUUGAAAGAAAAGAAUAUAAUCAAAGUCUAAGAAUAGUUUUUCCAUAGGUUGUGAUGCAAAAGAAGAGCAAAGAUAGCCAUAGUUGGUAUUUUGAGCAGGUUUACUCAAAGAACAUAAUUUGCAUUAUUUAAUGAAAGCAACUAGAUCUUUAGAAAUCCCCACUGAUAAUCGCCUGGGCAGCAUCUUUAUCAUCUUCUUCAACAAGCGAUAGCAAAAUUGGUUUCUUCUUUCUAGUUUUAUCUUUGAAAGAUAAUAGAUGGUCAAUUUUUGUUUCAAAAUUUGUAAUUUUUAUGUCGUGGCCACAGGUGGAGUCGGACUCUUCUUCUUCAUUGUCAAGCCACCUAAUCGUUUUCAUGCCUUCGAUAAUAUUUCUAAAGUAUUGAUAAGUUGAUUCCAUUUUUCUGUGAUCACAUUCAUUCCUGACAGGACAUUGCAGAACUCGGUGAAAGAUUCAAACAGAGUUUUGAUAGAUUGCACAUUAUUUGUUGAACUAUCUUUCUGAUCAAUCGAAAGCUUUCUUCAUGUUAUCCAGUUCCACUUCGGUAAGAAUUCUAUUCAACUUUUGAUCCAUCCUUUCGAAUUCUUUGACCAAAUCUUGAGUGACUCUGGCCUGUUCCAUUUCAACGAAAAGUUUUUGCAGUUUCUCAUCACCAUUGGCGCCAUUUCACUAAACUACUGGGGGGGGGGGGCAAAAACCAAGAGGUAUGAGGGGGGGGGGAAAUGAAAUAUUCAAAUUUUAGAACAAAUUUCAAAUGUUAUCUUAGAUAACAUUUUCGAUUUUUUAAAUCUAUCAUCUCUUUAGUAGUGUUCUACUAUUGGAUAAUCCUUUUUGCAUUCUAAGAAGUUAUUCAUUUAUUCAGAAACAAAUCUCCACGGAUAUGGUUUGUAAAAUAAAGCAAUAAAACUUCUCAAGCAAUUCAAUAAUAAUGUAAUUUAGAUAUACAUUUAUUUAUUCAAAUAACAAGUAAUAUUUUGUCCUUGUUAAAUGAUUUUUGAUGGUUUAUUCUUGUUUAAUUGAAGGGAAGUAUGCUCUUCCCUAAAGACUGCGUAAAGUAUUAAUUUUAUUCCAUACAAUAUUUAGAUUUUUCCUAUGUGUUUUGAUUGAAUCAAAAUUAUCAUGAAGUUUUCAUAUUAAUAAACUAACAAGAGAUUACUAAAUUAAUUUAUUAAUAAUACUUUAAUUAUCAUAGGCAUCAUUCAUAUUGAUGUGAAUAUUAAUAUUAUUUAUUGAUUUCCAUGUCAGGAAUUCUAAUAACAGUUUUCUAAUGAUAUUACUUUUGUUUUUUUGGUUAAGAUUUUAUUAUCAAUGUUAGACUUGUUGAUAACUUCACAAUAGUUUAGCUAAUUUUACUUGUAGCUAUCAAUUUUUUUUAGAAACUUCAAUCAAGCUCUGAAUUUUGUUAAUUUGAAGAAUAACUCAUUUUUAUUGGAUAUAUUAUCUUCAUUUACGGUUUACAACACUUGCACUCUAUCAUCCUGGCAUAAUUAUAUUCUAAUAUUCAUUUUUUUCGUCAUUGAAUUAUUUCAUCAAGCAUUUUUCAUCUAAUUCAAUCAAGUCUUCCUAAUGCUACCACUAUAAUAGUAUCACUAUGUUAUCAUCACUAUUUAACACUAUGCUUAUUGUUAAAUUGGUGAUACUCUAAUGAUUAACUUACAUUAAAUUUAAUUCGAAAAUUAUUAUUCUCUACAUGUGUCAAUUAUUACCAUAUUUGUAUUAUGUAUUUUAUGUAUCAAUUCAUAGUUGCUUCCAACUUCUAAGUAAUAUAAUUAAAUUUCUUGUAAAUGACAGAUAUUUUAAUGUCUUCAGGUUCCAAAAUUUCUGCUUGGAUGAAACGAGGAUACCGAAGAUUUGAUUUUAGUUGAAAUUUAGUUGUUUCAUCACCAAUUCUUGAUGACAAUUUUGUGAAUAAAAUUCAAUAUUUAUAUUAUCAAUAUUGUUGAUUUUCUACAGAAUUCUAUAGAUUUUAAUGUUGUUGUGUUGGCUCACACUAUGUUAAUGAAGUCUUAUAGAAAAAUGUAUAAACUGUUGGUAAAGUUUUUUCAAAUAUUCUUUUUUUAUAAAUUUUAUGAAAAAUAAAUAUAAAAUGAGAAAUUUAAUGAUUUUAAAUUAAUAAUGAAAGCUCUUUAGGCACGCCACCCAUGCUAAUCCACGAAAAGCAACCCACGCCGUGGGAUGUUUUGUAAACCAUUGCUAUAGGAUUAUUCAUAAUCAAUCAGCUGACAAGUGGAUUAUUAAUAAUGUAUUAUUAUCAUUAAACAGAUGUCUGGAGAAGCCUAGCAAUUCUUUACAAAACAUGCCACGGCGUGGGUUGCUUUUCGUGGAUUAGCGUGGGUCUAUUUAGCGGCGGGCCCUUAUAGUGUGAUCCAAUUUCUAAAUUUCAUGAAGAUUUUAUAAUUUCACUCACGUUUACUCGUUGAAAAAAAUAUUAUUACUGUACUAAUUUUUAUAAGUACAACAAUUUUGUAUCUCACCUUUACUAUUACACUAUUUAUGAAUUAGAAACAUUGUACUCAUUCAAUAUUUUAUGAGUAUCUCAAAAAUAAUUUUUGUAUAAUCUUUCACUCAUUUUUGUCGUUUCCAUGAUUUGUAUGUGAGAAAGUCAUGUUAAUGUUAGUAUGCUGAAUGAUGUGAAAUUGUCCAAAGUUACUGUGAGUGUUGGCUUACUUUCUUUUGAAAAUAAGUCAAUCUUUAAUAAUAUUUACUUGGUUUUAUAAAUAUAUAAAUUUUAUGUACUUGAACAUGAUAUUUUUGAAUGGCCAGACAAUCGUAUUAAGAAGAUGUUAUUUUCAAUCAAUGAAUGAUAUUAGUGUUAUUCUGUAAUAAGAUUAAAAAAACCAAAAGCGCCUUUUUUAAGAUACAACCCAGCAAAAUGUAGAAUAACGAGAGUAAAUUUUUAUUUUGUGAAUCCUCCAUUUUAGGUGGUGAACCCUAAAUUUUGGGUGGGUUCCGAACUAUAUUAUUCCAUUGUUAAUAAUAAUCAUAGUGGGAGCAAUUUUAUAGAAACUAAUAUUGAAAAAUUUGCAUAAUUUCGUAAUAGUAUAGAAUUUUCAAGUGCACUUUCUAAAAUAGAAUAUUCUAAAUAACAGUGAUUGAGAAUCACUAAUCUAUUUUCAUAAAAAAGUAAUAUUGACUGUGACUAUUCUUUCAAGAUAGUCACCAUUUUAAAAAUAUUUAAAAUUAUAUUUUUCAAGAUGCAAUAAUAUGUAAAUGCUAUAUAAUUGAUUUUAAAGAUUACAGAUAUCUAUUACAAAUUAAUAGGACCACGAUUUUCUAAUCUAGUAUUCAAAAUUAUUGAAAUAUCGUAUCAAGUUUUAAAAACACCAUGCCAUUUGGCUCAGUCCAGUUAAUGAUGACACCAACAACUAUUUAUGUAGGCCUACCUGUAUUUGGAAUUCUAAAAAUGAUUAACUAUUUUCUAUAAAUUACUGUUCCAAGCAUUAGUGUACGAUAACAUUAUUGUUUUGUAAAAAUACUAAAGGAACUUUUGGAUAUUUCAUCCUCAACUUUUGGAAUACCACUUCAAUUUUUGUGAUAAUAUUCCUCAAUAUCAAUAUAAUAAUUUCACGGUUUUAAGUUUUCUCAAAUAUACAAUCUAAUGCCUAUCCAGUCUAUUCAAAUUUGUUUGAAGGUCUUCCAAAGCUUUUAUUUCCAACUUUCAACUUUAUUAUUCUCUCUUUACUCUCUCGAACAAUUCCAGAAUGAGAGACUGGACUGAAAAUUUCAUUCACAGGGAAUUUCUAUUAUUCACUUGAUUGGCUGUUUUUAUUUCUACAGCACAUUGCAGCACAAACGCCGAUCAGAUUUUGAUUUCUGAUCGACCGAUUUAACGGUAGUUGUUAAUCUAUUCGAUAGCAAUACAAGAAAACUUAAUUUUAAUCUAUUUUGUACUUGAAAAGAGCCAUUAAGGAGGCACGUUUAUUUUCCCAAUUUUAUUAUUUUUCAAACUUCAUAGAUUGAAGCAAAUUGAAUGGGAUAACCAAUAUUCCUAUUCCAUUCAAAAUAAAACAGAACAUAUUUUUUUAACAUUUGAGCUACUUGUGAAUUAUCUUUUAAAUCUACCUAUUAACACUGUGACCAGUACUUGUGAGCUUAUUACAAUAAGAAUAAAGAAUAUGUUUUACUUUAUUCUUUCUACCUUGAUUCACUAUAAAAUAUUUCCUAGUUAUUUUAAGCAUUGCCUAAUUGAAGCUCUGUAAAAACAAUUUUGAUUAUUUAAUAGUUAAUUGUUAUAUAAAUUGGUAAUAUAUUGCAAUAUGAAUGUAUAGUUUUUAUUUGAAAUUGUUAUUGAAUUUUGAUGCAUUUAUUAUCAUAGCAAUAGUUGUACUAAACAGUGUUUUUGAUUUAACAUUACGGUUUAAGUUUGGCUAAUUAUUAUUAUCAUUAUGUUAGUAGUAAUGAUAGUUACAUUUUGAUUGUACUAUGAACUCGUAAAAGAAUAUAUGAUUAAUGAAUUUGUUUCAAUG